GUGUGUUGGGUGUGACGAUUUUAAUAUCUACGCUGUAGUCCCGCAUAUUUUUUUUUGUUGGGGUUUUUCGUUGGUUCUAGGGGGCGCGGGGGGAAUCCGGGUAAAAGAGUGAGGAGGAUCAGUAUUUUUGAUAAUAUUUUUAGUGCAGUUGUAGGGUUGUUGGGUCUCGUGGUGUAGGGCGAAGUGGUUUCGUGUUAGAGUGAUCUAUGGUCUCUGCAUUUCGUACAGUGAAUAUUCGCGAUAUAUUUAUGGAGUGAGGAAACUUGUGAAUAGUGAUCGGUUGUCCAGUGACAAAGGAAUUCUCCAUUGAAGUGAUGUGUCCAUUAUUUGGGAUUCAUGGUGAUGGAAGAAGGACGCGACUGGAUAUUGUGAGAGAAUUCUUUCUUCAAUUUUUUUUCUCUUUCGUUGGGUUUUUUUUUUUUUUUUUCUUGAUUUUUUACCGCCGCCAUUUCCGCUAGUCACACAACCGACAGCGCUCAGUGCGGGUCAAACGCGUGGUUUUUGAAACUGAUCGAGUGGUUUACGAGGGACGAGGGAAAGUGCUGGAUUUUUGUUAGAAAUUUGCCCGGAGAUUUUUGGACGAGUGCUUGAUAGGGAUAAACCCCAACGACACCUCCAGCUGCGUUCCACUACUGUCUAAAUCCAUAAACAUAACCGUUUAUCCCGCUCUCCAGAAUCAAAGUUCAGCGACAUAAAAUCAAGAUAACUGAUACAGCGAUAGAAGCCACCCCAACGAUGUCUUUCACCCAUCCAGCCUGCAAAAAUCGCUAAGUCAUCAUCGUGAAGUCAAAGGAGAGUGUAAAAAUUUUCCAGAAAAAAGAGCUCGAGCGAUAUUCAGAAAUUUAAGCAGAAGGCUUUCCACACUUGGUGAUCUUGUGAUGGAUGAAUGGGAGUGAGUAGGGCGCCUGAGCAGCAAAGGCGUGGGCUUGGUUGCAGCUGGUUGCCUCUGGAUGUCGAGGCAGUGUCACCGUCAACGUCAGUGGCAGUGAUGGCCCCUGCUCUGACGGAAGGUGGUCCUCAAAAGCCCUCCGACAUACUUCCAUUAUCAUCUGGUGGUUUUCUAUCCCCAGAUAAGGCUGCGCAGGUCUGUAAUAAUCGUGCUGUACUAGCUAAAUUCGUUGUAACAGCCAACGUACAGCCAUCAAAAAUUGAUGAACAGUGCCUGCGCGGCAUAUCCAAGGAUUUAAUACGCGAUGUUAUCAAUUCAAAAUAUGAUAAUGGCAUUGAUUGUCUCUCAAAGCACUGUGUACUUGACAGUGAUGACUUGAUAUCCAGUGAUUUUGAUAAGGACAUUGAUAUACUCAGAGUUGAGGAGGAUAAUUUUGAUAAACAUCACGUUGACUUGGAUGUUAUUAAACGUCCUUGUCACAAGGAUAACAAAGUGUCUGAGGUUAGUGACGCUAUAAUGAGCGAGACAUCUGUUGGUGAUAACGACGAGAUGGGAUUUAUCAAGACUGGAGAUAUUGUACCUAUUGUUGGGCCCAUUAUCAAUGCCGAGGAAAAGGCUAUUGAUGAGAGUAUCAUGGAAAUAAAUCCUGAUAUUGGUGAGAAUGUUGUGGGUGAUAUACCCCAGAAUGUUGAUGAUAUACUCGACGUUAUACAGUCGAUUGAGGGGGAGCAGAUCAGCAGUGGGGGAAGUGGAAGUUCUGUGGCACCUGGGAUGUUUAAUAUGGCCCAGGGCUUCUCAUCGUUGCCCGAUCUACUCAAUGAUGUUGAUGUCGAUGUGAUGGGGCUCGUGAACGACAAUAUUGGCAUUAAUCUGGGGCAUUUAAAUAUUCCUGAGACUGAUGAAUCCGUGGAGGUACAGAGGGAGCAGCUAUUGGGGAGCAAACAGGAGAGUAUUGAGCACAAGAGUUUUGAACAGGACAGGAGGACGGCUUUCUUGAUGAGGAGAUUGAGGAAAUUGCAAGCGAGAACCAUUGGGAGGCACAUUGCUGAGGAGAGUACUGGGGUACUCGAGCUUGCUCAUCACAGUGUAAAGAAGUACUUUCUUCAGGAGAUACAGAAUAUUAGUGGGGGCAAGGGAACGCCCAGGAGUCUACCCCAAAUACCUGAGGAUUUAAAUUCUUUUAUAAAGAGUCUUCAGAAAUCGUGUGCUGCACAGAGUAAUACUGUUACUGCACAUUGUAAUAGGCAGAAAAAUUACUGCAGGUAUUUUGGGGCCGGCUCCAGAGAUGUUGGGAUUGCUGGGACAUCGGGGGGGAGUAGACAUUCGCCUUUUAGUUCGGCUCAUGUGAAACUCAAUAGUGAACAAGUGGAAAAUGUGGCUGGAUCUCUUGCUGCACAGUUGCACACUGUGGAGGGACAUCUUGAUUCGGAUUGCACUGCCUCUAGUAGUGGUGGUGAGAGCUGUGAUGAGAUGCAGAAUUAUAAUAAUCUUCAUCAACAAGAAUUACCUAUAUCUAAAAGAGCUGCCUGGAAAUACGCCCAGGAUCGUGCAGGUGUGGCGUCCCGGUGGACGUGGUUACAAGCCCAAAUAUCAGACUUAGAGUACAAAAUUCGCCAACACAACGAGCUCCAGCGUCAAAUGCGCUUGGCGAAGGGCCUGACCUACCUAGACAAUUCCGAGACAGUGAAUGGUUACAGUGGCAUCCUUCCAGGUUCCACCAGUCGUCACAGUAUCGAUACGGAAGCAUUGACGAGUCCAUCAGCAAGUCGAACUCGUCCCUUCCUCUGGGACGCCUACAGAAAACGAAAGUUACUGAGGCUCGAGGGCCUGCACGAGUACUCCAAACGAGCAGCAAGGCCCUCGACACUGCGAUGUGAUUGCGAUGGAACCCUAGCUGCCUGUGCCAUUUGCACAGGUAGACGUGAUCCUACGCAGCCUCAGGAGCCCUUCGAACUUCUCUCAAUGCCGGAGAGAAUUGCCCUUGUCGAUCCCUGUUACCAUCCAGUGCUCUCAUUCCCUGAAGAUGUCACCCACAAUAUACACUUUGAGGCCAUAAUGAAGACCAUUGAUUGGCAGCAAAAAAUUAUUCGUUCAAAUGCCCGAAGUGCUCGAAUGAAGGACAAGGAGCCCUCGGAGAGACGAAGUAAGGCAAAGUUACCAGAGCAUCGGACCAAGUACACAGCUACAACGAGAAUCAAAAAAGCCUCGUCGACGUUACUCACAGCGAGAAUCAAGAGAAAGAUGUUGAAGGGAAAGAGGGAGCCCACGGGACAGGGCAAGGGUAUCCCCGGAAUCAGCAGAAAGAGAACACCUAAACUCUCUCAUCAUGAGGACGAUGACGAUGUCAGUGCACAGUCUAGCUCCAGUAAACACUCGUCACCAGUGCCUUCUCCAUCCCAACAUCCCACUGCCACUGCUGAGAAAGUUCCAACUAAGGAGAGAAAUUCCAAUUCACAACCCAGGCUCAGACGAAAUUCCUAUGAUAUCGAUAAUAUUGUUAUACCGUAUAGUGUUGCAGCUUCUGCUAGACUUGAGAAGCUACAGUAUAAGGAAAUUCCAACACCAAAGUGGAGGCUGUGCGGAGACCUAGCUAAAGUGGAUGUGAAGAACGGUGUAAUGCACAGGCCUAGUCAAGACAGUGAUUUUGAGGAUAUGUCUGAGGAGACGAUUAUGCUGAGACAUGAGAGAAGUGAGCGUGAGGAGAGCAAACGCUUCAAGAGUUUGUUAAACAAACUUCCAAACAAUCGGAUUCGUCAUAAUCGUCGAGCAGACAGCAGAGCAGACAGCGGUGCAAAUACUCCAGAUCCAAUGUCACCACAUGCCAGUGAUUUCGGUGGCGAUGUGACAUCACCGAUUACUUCUCCUCCGGCUACACCAUCUGGAGCACAAGAUUCAGAGCAUCACAAUACAAUGGACCACCGCAAUUCUAGUUUGCAGAAUGCCAUUCGGCGAAGAACCAAUUCUUCGUCGAUGCGGGCUGCAAAGGAAGAUGCUGCGAGCUCCAUUCACGAAGACGAAAAUGAAGUUACACCCUACGAACCCCGGAUAUUCCCCCUCCCUGAGGAGCUGUACGAUAAGAUGCUCGAAGCGAUGCCGGCCGGCCAUUGGCAGAACACUACGUCAGCUCUAGACCCUCCAGAAGAAAAAAUAGAUGGGGAGGCGGAGAUUGACCCAUCAGAAUCAGACACAACAGAGUCAGCCUACUGCGAUGCAGACGGCGAAGACCGUAAUGAUCCGGAAUGGACAGAAGCGCACGACAGGGACGCUGAAGAAGAAAGAAUACGCUCGACGGCCAAAAGAUAGGAGAUGUUAAUUAUCAAAAUAAUAUUAAUAACUGUAACUGGCUGUCGUACGUGUUUUAAUGAAAACCCGUCUAUUAAUUAUUUUGGAUAGUAUUCCUGUCAAUUUGUUAUAUAUAGCUGUCGGUAAUGUGACAUGCACCCUAAGUUAAUAGUAUUACGAUUCUGUAAAGUGUAUUAUAAAUAUAAAUUUUAUAACAUCA